AUGAAGGCAAUACUCACGGUCACUUUGGUCUUGUUUGGAGUCCGUUUCGGUCAGACCGACUUCAUCAAAAAUUGCCUAACUGAAGGAGAGUCUAUUAAAGACAUAAUCGCAGCGAUGAACGAGAUUCGAGCGUCACAUGCAGAGGAUUAUCAAAUUGCAAACAUGCAUGAAUUGAAAUACGACAUGUCCCUGGAGAAGGAAGCGAGAAAAAUGAAGUCGUGCAAUGAUUUAAAACAUGGUGUCAACUAUCGAGUGGCUUUCUACGGCGAAGGAAAAAGUGAUGCAGUCUGGAAGGAAUUUGUGAAGAACAGUGCUCUGACUGACUCGUAUUCUGAGGCGGACCAUCCACUUUUGACAUUCAUGAUUAAAUGUGAUUUGACAACUGAAUGUGAUGAAAGGAACUUUAUCGUUUUGUUUGGCCCUCGUGGAACACUCUCCCUAUCUGACUUCCAACGAGGACCGCCCGGAUCGAAGUGUACUCAUGGAAAGACUGAAGAAGGACUGUGUAUUGCACCGCCAAAAACUGAAUUAGAGACAACUGCUCCACCCACAUCUAAAAUAGAAACGACUGCCCCACCCAAAUUUAAAAUAGAGACGACUGCUCCGUCCAGAUCAGAUUCAGAGGCGAUUGGUUCUUCGUCUGAAAACAAUGGUGAAGGGAAAUACGACAUGGCCCUGGAAAAAGAAGCGAGAAAAAUGAAGUCGUGUGAUGAUAUCAAACACGGUGUCAACUAUCGAGUGGCUUUCUACGGCAAAAGAGAAAGUCGUGCAAUUUGGCAGGAAUUUGUGAAGAGUGUGAAUAAGUCCUUUUACUAUUUUGAAGAGGAAAAACAUCCAUUCCAGACGUCUGUUAUUCAAUGUAUUUUGACAAGUGAAUGCGAAUUAGAUGCUCGUUGCUCUGGCAAUUCUUUUGAUACGAAAGUACACUCUGUCACUUUGUACGGCUGGCGUGGAACUCUCUCCCUAUCUGACUUCCAACCCGGACUGGCCGGAUCGAAGUGUACUCAUGGAAAGACUGAACGAGGACUGUGUAUUGAAAAUAAUGCUCCCUCCGGUAACACCGACUUCAUCAAACACUGUCUAACUGAGGAAGAGUAUAAAACGUGGUCAGAUCCAACAAUAGAGGGAAACAUGAUCACAUCUCUCAACAAUGAACGAGCGCAUAUUGCAACAAUUUAUCAAAUUGCAAACAUGCAUGAAUUGAAAUACGACAUGGCCCUGGAGAAGGAAGCGAGAAAAAUGAAGUCAUGUGAUGAUUACAAACACGGUGCCAACUAUCGAGUGGAUGACUAUAGAAUAUUAGAAAGUCUUCCAAUAUGGGACGCAUUUGUGAAGAACGUUUCGGAAAACGCAACUAACAUUUGGAUGUAUAAUGAGAACAUGCAUCCACUCCAGACGUCUUUUAUUAAAUGUGAUUUGACAAAUGAUUGUGAUAAAGCAACCGCUUUCACUUUGUACGGCUGGCAUGGAACACUCUCCGUAUCUGACUUCCAACACGGACCGCCCGGAUCGAAGUGCACUCAUGGAAAGACUAAACAAGGAUUGUGUAUUGCUCCGCCCAGAUCUGAAAUGGAGACGACUGGUCCUUCACCCAAAUCUAAAAUAGAGACAACCGUCCCGCCCAGAUCUGACUCAGAGACAACUGCUCCAUCGUCUGAAAAUAAUGGUGGAUCGGAAGGGGCGAACUCUAUUCUUAAAUACGACAUGUCCCUGGAGAAGGAAGCGAGAAAAAUGAAGUCUUGUGAUGAUAUCAAACACGGUGUCAACUAUCGAGUGGCUUUCUACGGCGAAAAAGAAAGUCGUGCUAUUUGGCAGGAACUUAUGAAGAGCAAGAAAUAUCCCUCGGAGUAUUUUCAAGAGGAAGAACACCCACUCCAGACGUCUGUUAUUCAAUGUGCUUUGACAGCUACUUGCCACUUAAAUGCUAGUCGCUCUGGCAAUUCUUUUAAUACGGAAAUGGCCACUAUCACUCUGUACGGCUGGCGGUGA